GCCAUUGGGCGCGCUGCCGGAAGGCCCGCCUCCGCCCGCCGCGCUUCCGGCGGUGGCCAUGGUGACGGCGGCGGGCAGGAAGACUGCUGAGAAAGGAAGACUCAUGGAUCUCACAUCCACCGUCAUCAUCCCACUGCUCUUUGGCAGCCUGGGGCUCUUCGCCCUUUUUCGGCUGCUGCAGUGGAUGCGGAUGCGAACUUACCUCCAGGGAGCGGUGGUGGUGGUCACAGGGGCCACCUCUGGCCUGGGAAAAGAAUGUGCAAAAGCCUUCCAUGCAGCUGGCUCUAGGCUGGUGCUCUGCGGCAGAGACAGCGAGAAACUCAAAGACCUGGCACAGGAGCUUUCUACCAUGACCAAUCACCGAAAGAACCUACACGAACCCCACACUGUGGUAUUUGACCUUUCGGACACCAAAACCAUCCUAAACGCUGCAGAAUUGAUCCUGAAGCACUCGGGCCACGUGGACAUCCUGAUCAACAACGCAGGCAUCAGUUACCGGGGCACGAUCGUAGACACGGGUCUGGACGUGGACAAGAAAGUGAUGGAAACAAAUUACUUCGGUCCUAUAGCCCUCACCAAAGCACUUCUCCCCUCCAUGAUCAAGAGGAGACAAGGCCACAUUGUGGCCAUCAGCAGCGUUCAAGGCAAAAUAAGCAUUCCCUUCCGAUCAGCAUAUGCUGCCUCUAAACAUGCUACCCAGGCCUUCUUUGAUUGUCUACGAGCAGAGGUAGAGCAGUACGAGAUUGAUGUGACGGUCGUAAGCCCCGGAUACAUUCAGACCAACCUUUCUCUCAAUGCUGUAACAGCAGACGGGUCUCGCUAUGGAGUUAUGGACAAGAAUACCGCUGAAGGCCAGACAGCCGCAGAGGUCGCUCAGGUGGUUCUCAGUGCAGUGGGGCAGAAGAAGAAGGAAGUUCUCGUAGCCGGCCUGAUGCCCUCGCUGGCUGUCUACCUGCGAAAUCUCUUCCCCAGGCUCUUCUUCAACUUAAUGGCAACUAGAGCAAAAAAGGAGAGAAAAGCAAAGGACUCUUAGAGCUCAGCUCGUUCUCGAGCAGUAACUGUAGGGAGAGGCUAACCCCCUGCAGUUCGGCAGGGACGUCAGUGGAAGUGCUCCUGCAGGAAAAUCCUUUCUGAAAAUGCUGCAACUUGCCAUUGCAUGGAGAGUGGGAAGCCGUUUCCCUCACACCAGGGCAGGCCCACGUGCCAGAAGACAGCACCUAAGCCUCACCUGAAGAAGGGUGCUUGGAACAAAGUAGGAGAGCUGAGGCUGCAGGGGAAGGUAACUCAAGGCACACACCUCACAGCAGGAGAGGCCCACGUGCUGGAAGGAGCACUGUACCUCACUUCACCCCAGGCACACUCAGCUUUACUGGCCGGCUACAAAUAAAACCCACCUGGUUUGGCUUUGUGCAAGCAGAUUUUAGCUUUCCCCACCCCACGGCCCCUGUGAAAUACAGGCCCCAGCUGGGAGCUCUCGUGAUCAGUGUCUCCUUCCCACUCCUUCCAAUCUUAUCCCAAACACAUUGCUUGAAGUGGAAAGCUUCAGAGCCUCUGCUUGUCAAUGUGCCAAAUCAUCUGGUACGCUAAGCUAAAACUAAUUCCAGUGCCACUUUUAAAAACGUAACUGAUGUAGAAUGCACGUUUUAUUUGGCAACGAUGUUAUCUGCCUGAAUCAUGCCUUACUGAGGUGCAGAGCCAUCUCACCCUGCGCUACCUGACAGUGCAGCAUUAACCCCAGCACAACCUAAUGCAGAGGAAGCAUCAAAACAGAUUAAAACAGAUAAAAAAUAGCACGGCAAGGUAUGUUGUUGAGUGUAAAUACCAUGCCCCUGAUAGCACACCUGGUUCACCCGCAGGCCUAGAGCACAGAGUAGGUGUGACUCUUUAGACGCCAGGCACGCCGUCUUCCUGGCAAGCAAAGAAGAAUCUGUGUGUGUGUAGGGUGGACAACGCGGGAGACAGGCCCGUAGUUCUCGCCUGUUUUCAAGCGAUCACAGUUGCCCGUUAGGGUCACAUCCAGGGAGGGGAGGAGAUCUGCCUGACCAGGUACCACAGGCUCCAGGGCGUUGAGCAGCCUGAGGGAGCGCCAUAUCCCUUUCUCCAUCCCUUCCCUUGGUUCCAUGCAGCGUAAAGCUUUUUCCUCCUCCCAGAGGAAGACAGCCUGCCCUGCCCGAUCCCAGCCACGCUGGGAAAAAGGAGCGUCUGGGCCGAGAUGAUUCAGAAAGGUUAUGAAUACAUCUGUGUAUUAACCGAAAUACAGCCUACGUGUGGGGGCCUGGAUCUAGACCCCUGCUGCCACCUCCAUGCACUUCGCAGCAUUCUCCCUGCGUACUGCCUUGUAUGUCCUGCCCGUGAGUGUGCAUCUGACGAGAAAUAAAUUACGUUGCCAUGAACUGCA